CCCCUGCCCGUCACGUGGCGCGCGGCGCGGCGUCACUUCCGGCCGGGGCCUCCCAGCUGGAAGAGGCGGCGGCGCCGGGCGCAGAGGCCGAGGGCAUCGGGCAGCAGAGGGCCAGGACCGGACGCCCCAGCGAUGACCAGUUCCCCUGUCUCCAGAGUCGUCUACAACGGCAAGAGGAACAGCAGCCCCCGCUCCCCGCCCAGCAGCAGCGAGAUCUUCACGCCGGCCCAUGAGGAGAAUGUGCGCUUCAUCUACGAAGCCUGGCAGGGUGUGGAGCGGGACCUGCGGAGCCAGAUGUCGGGGAGCGAGCGGGGCCUGGUGGAGGAGUACGUGGAGAAGGUCCCCAACCCCAGCCUGAAGACCUUCAAGCCCAUCGACCUGAGCGACCUGAAGCGCCGGAACCCGCAGGACGCCAAGAAGUCCUAGGGCUGCCCCCGCCCCCCACCUGGUGCUGCGCUCCCUCCGCCACCGUGCGCGGGCGCACCCCGGGCCAGGACGCCAGACUGCGCGAGGCCGCCCCUCCCGGGCCUCAGCUGCCCUUCCCUGGGGGGUCUGGGCCCUCUUGGCCCUGCUGCUCUUCGCAGCUGCCGGGCCCUGCCUGCCCCAGGGCCCUGAGCCUGACUGUUCUCCCUCCCGACACCCUGCGCUGCCCUGCCUCCUGCCCAUGGCUGCCUCCGGGGUCGCGGAGACGGGCCUCUCCGUCUCCCAGGCCAUGGGCCGGACUGGGUUCAUCCCUGAGGGGCCAGGAGCCCGGUUAAGGGCAGCCCCAUCUGUCCCUAGUGGGUCCCACCCCUGCCAGUCAGGCCUUCCCCUUCCCUGUGCGGCUUCCAGAUGGCACAGCCCUGGCGCUCCCACGGUCAGCACCUCUCCUGGGCCCCUGGCCAGGGGAGUGAGGCUGACCCUGAGUGGGAGGGGUUGCUGGGAGGCUCCUGACCUGUGUGGUGUGCUGGGGGGGUCCCCAAGCCCCUCUCCUUCCCGGGCCCUCUGCAGGCGGUGCCCGUGGGAGCCCCGGGGCCGUGAAUAAAGGCAGUGGCACCGAGCGCCGCCUGG